CCAACAAAAAUCAGCGCAAAGUAAAUGUUACGUUCGUUUGGCAGUUUAUCAACAUUCUUUCAUUUGACACGGAUAAUGUAGAUUUCAUAUAGAGUUUUGUAAAGUUGUGCCUCAUUUGUAACUGUUAAGUGCCAAGACGAAUCAGAUGAUGUCUCAAAUGCACGAGCAGCUUACUUGUUCCAUCUGUUUGGAGCUAUAUAAGGAUCCAGUCCGUCUAACAUGCUUCCAUGUAUUUUGCAAAAAAUGCAUUAUGGACAGCAUGGACACUGGUCACAGAAGACCAGUUUGCCCAGAAUGCAAUGCACCCAUCGAAAAUGAUGACGAAGGUUCAUUGAAGAAAGACUUCAAAAUAGCAGCACUAGUCCAAACUGUGAAAGAAACACCAAAAUGUGUUGAACAUCACGACGACACGGGAGAGCGCAAAGCGCAUGUAAUAUGUCAGACAUGUUGUAAACUAUUGUGUGUGAAAUGUGUCUUCAGUGAGAAUCAUAGAAACCAUGAUACGGAUGACCUUGAGUCAGCCAUUGCCAAACAGAAGGACAUUUUUGAAAGGAAGAUACCAGCAGUUAAAAGAAAAUUAGCAGAUUAUAACAAGCGGCUUGCUGACACGAAAAAAGCUCAUACAGAAAUAACAAGAGGUGAGGAGGAGAGCAGGUUAAACUUCAAACGUUUAAUUGCUUGUAUCAAAGCAAACGUAGAGAGUUUACAGACACAUGGGGAUCAGGCUAUUUCCAAUGUAGUUCAUGAGCUGAUGAAUGUGUGCACAGAGAGGGAAUCUGAAUUGAAACGGAAAGUUACAUAUGGAGAAAAACUUAUUAAAUGCCAUGAUGAAUUUGAAAAAGAUCCUGCGACUUCGUUCAAGGUCAUAAAAGAAUAUGAUGAAAGUGGGUUUGAAUUCUACAAUACUUGUCAGUCUGACUUUUCGAAGAGAGUAUCGGCAUCAGAUGUUGUGCAGCGAUAUCAAGAGAUUGGAAAAAAAUUUGUACAUAAUUUAGUAAGCAGCUGCUUGCGUGAAAUAAGAAAUGUAACAAGUGACCAAAGCAGACAGUCACCAAACGGUACCGAGGGAAGACUCCCUUACUCCUGCUCAGCUCCUCCGUUAACUUAUGCUGGGAGCUCAAAUAGUGGUACAAGUGCAUCUUCAGCUGCAACUCGAGAUGGCAUUAAGAGAGAAGUAUCAGAACCAUUUGUCGCUAAACAUUCAGCCACAGGCGAGGACUCGAAACUUAAGAUAAAAUUCUCAAAAGGAAUGUCAGGAAAACGUAUCUGCACAGUAACAGGUUUGAACAAACAUAGUGAUCAAUCUCAACUGUCAUCAGUACCAUCUUCGACUGAAACUGAUACAUUUAUAUCUGAUUCAUCAUUUGCGUCACAUAGUACAACUUUCAAACAGACCAAUAUUACACCAGAAACAUCUAAGCAGGCAGAACAGUCAGGAAUGGAGGCAUAAAGAUGUUAAACUUGCAACAGUUGCACCAUCAACACAUCUCUGUUCUCUUUUACAGCCGUGAUGAAAAAAGCUUCUGAAUAUGAUUCAGCAAAGAAUUGAUUAUCAGUUUAAUGUUUGGAGCGGGUGAGGAGCGAUUUGUCAUGUUAUUGUGAUUUAGAUUAUACUGUAAUUAUUAAAACUGAAACUUUGUUCAUAUGUGUACCCAGUACUAGUCAGCAUGCAUAUUUUAUGUAUUACUUACUUUUUAAUGAUAUCGUAAAUUUAGAUCCACUGGUUAUUUUAAACAAUAAAUGCAAGAAAAUAUA